CACCCUUUGAGAAAUACUCUAACAUAUUUUGUUGUAGAUCAAAGUGCUUUCGAGGUACUUUGCCGUACUUUCAAGUACUUGAUAGGUACUUUGACGUACUUUCAAGUACUUUAAAUUACUUUUGUACUUUGAUGUACUUUAUAUACUUGAAGUCCGCUGUUUUCCCCUUGCUGAAGAGAUUGAUAUUUUAAUAUGCGCGCAUUAAUUAUCAAUAGUUACCAUCAUUUCCAUAUGGAUAACAUUAUCAAAAAUUGAUUAUUACAAAAAUUAACAUCAUAUUAUAUGUCAGGAAACUCCCCUUUAGGAAUGUUUCUGUUUUGAGUAUACCUUAUGAAUUUUUUCUUAACUUUAUAUUUUAUAAAAAUGUGCUGUCAUGAAUUUGUGACAUCUAUACAUUAAUUUAUUGAUAGGAUUAUUCAUCUGAACUAAUAAGAUGUUAUAUGUUAUUUUUUGUUCUAUUUCUACUCAUUUUGUUUAUUUUAAUUCUCUUUUCUAGUCAUUGCUAUGUCAGAUAAAUUCAUUCCACAUUAUUUACGUGAUACUGAUAAUAUAUCAACCGAUCAUGACAUAUAUCAACAACAAAAAUGGGCACGAACAGCAAUCAAAGCAAAAGAAAAUGUUGAAUUACGACAAAAAUUUCCACCAUUUGUCGUACCAACAGCUAUUUAUAAAGUGGUCCAUGUGAACAAAUAUACUUCAAUGGAAGAAAUGCACUUAUUGGUCAAUCAUGUACAAGAAUGUACUCAAUUUACUACUGGUACAGAGCUAUAA